AUGCCGCACAGAGUGGGGUUCACCCCUCAACAGCUCAAUGAUCUUACCAAAGCGGGGAUACAGAAACAUAUUGGUUUGUAUCUAGGUCCAGUGGUAUUAGGCUUCGCCUUUGACUCAAUGCUAUUAGGAUGUAUAAUCCAGCAACUCAUAUGGAAUGCCAUUUGGACUCCUUCCGAUCGACUAUUCAAUAAGAUCAUCUUAUAUUCCGCUGUAUUACUAUCAGUAGCGACGACGAUAUUCAAUGAUUGUUUCUUUUUUCAUGGUUUUGCUAGUGGAUUUGGGAAUUGGUAUAGGUUGAUUCAGCUAGAUUACAUUAGAUGGUUUCCUAUAUUAGACUGUGCGACCGUUACUCUCGUUCAAAUAUUCUACCUUGAGAGAGCAUAUCAACUCCAUAAUAGAUCUAAAUGGGUACCUAUCAUCGUGUUACCUUUCCUCCUCGCAAGUAUAGGAGGCGCGAUAGGUGGUACAGUCAUGCUUUCCGGAAUACCCGAUGCGUACGAUCUGGUCAAAACCAAACCAGUCUUCUACAACUGGAUCGGAGGCACUCUAGUGGUUGAUCUAUUGAUCACUUCAAUCAUAUUUCAUAAACUUAUCAAGUCACGUACCGGUUGGUCAGAUACGGAUUUAAUGAUUAACAAGUUGAUCACCAUUUCGGUCGAAACUCAAUUACCUUCUUUAGUAGUGGCUAUAGCGUUCAUGGUUUCCUAUGGAUUAAAACCGAACGCAGGAUUGAAUAUAUUCUUCGAAUUAUUUCACCCCAAAGUCCACGUCGUGGGCUUGUUGACUGUAUUAAAUUCACGAAAUAGAUUGAGAAACCAGUUGAAUGGUACUUCCAACCUCAAAGAAAACAAAUAUAUUGGUAAGAAAGAUCAAAAUAAGAUUUUAUCCUCAAAGUUCAAAUUGAAAUCAAAAUCGAGAUCGGGUGAUAAAGACAUAGAAAAUGAUAUCCAUGAUAAUCCUAGUCAACCGACUGUAAAACUGGAAGAUGGAAUGAUAGUCCCACAUCUAGGUACAAGACUAGAUCCGUCUUUUGAGCUCUCGUCUGAUGGUAUUGCGACGCAAACUAGAAAGAGCCAGGAUGAAGAUGAUACACCGUCAGUAGAUGGAGGGUUGGACGUGAAGGAUCAAGGAUAUUGA